AUAUUUGAAACUUGAAUUCAAGGGUGAGAACCUACCUACUCCUACUAAUUAACCUCCCAUUGUGCAAAUGGAGAACCAGAAGGAGGUGAUUGUGGGAAAGGUAUGUGAAAUCUAUGCCAAAAUCUCUAAGUUAGAAAAUCUCAAUCCUUCAAACCAUGUCAAUGAACUCUUCACCCAACUUGUUACCACUUGCACUACCCAUUGUGAACUAGAUGUUACUUUGCUUUCCCAAGAAGUUAAAGAAACUAUAGCUAAGCUAAUUAAGCUUUGUGGGAAAGCAGAGGGACUUCUUGAAAGCCAUUACUCUGCUAUCAUAGGAUCUCAUGAGAAUCCCUUAAACCACAUCAAAAGCUUCCCUUACUACUCCAAUUACCUCAAACUUAGCCAUUUAGAAUUCACCAUGCUGACCUCACACUGCACUCAAGUUCCUUCCCAACUUGCUUUCAUUGGCUCAGGUCCCCUUCCUCUCACCUCAAUCAUGCUAGCAACCUUUUACAUGAAAAACACAUGCUUCCACAACUAUGACAUGGAUCCAUCUGCAAAUGCUAAAGCUUAUGAUUUGGUCUCAUCAGAUCCUGACUUGUCAAAAAGAAUGUUCUUCCACACUACUGAUAUUGCACAUGUUUCAAAUGCUCUUAAGGAGUAUAAUGUUGUGUUUCUGGCUGCACUUGUUGGCAUGGACAAGAAGGGGAAAGAAAGUGUCAUCAAUCACUUGGCGAAACACAUGGCUCCUGGUGCUGUUUUGGUUCUGAGGAGUGCACAUGGAGCUCGAGCGUUUCUGUAUCCGGUUGUUGAUCCUUCUGAUCUCAAAGGUUUUGAGGUUCUGUCAGUUUUUCACCCAACUGAUGAGGUUAUAAACUCUGUUAUUGUUGCAAGGAAGCAUUCGGUGAAUCCAGGGAUUUUACUAUCUAGCAAAUGUCAUGAAUUGGCUGCUGAAGGUUUUAACACGUUGAACCAUAGGAAUGUGAUUGAUGAGUUGAGUUUGACCAUUGAUGAGCAUGCUUAAUUGAUUCUUGAUUAUGCAUGUUAGUUAUGAUUUAUGCCAUGCUAUGAGCAGGCUUGGUUCUUAUGUUUGAUUCCUGUUGUUGUUGAAUGAUAAAAAAGCUAAUUUUCUACUGA